AUGGAGCCCCUGGUGCGGUGGGUACAUGCGCUCACGGGUGAAUGCGUGUACGGGAAUAGAGCUGCCUUGAGUUGGGCGUUAGGGGUACUUUCGCUGCUAUCAUGGCUAUUCGCGCAGACACCACAGAUCUACAGCAACUAUAAUGCACCGCAUACAACCCACUUGGCUAUUUCGCCUCUCUUAUUACUAUCCUGGACGCUUGGAGACGCAUUCAACCUCAUGGGAUGCAUCUUUAGCGGACAAGCUUUGCCUUUCCAGAAGUCGCUCGCCAGUUGGUAUGUGCUUGUUGACGCCGUCCUUUGCGGGCAGUGGCUGUAUGGGAGGUGGUUCCAUGGAUAUACUGUGAUUGAAGGCGUGGAUUCAUCCGAUGUGGAGUAUGAGGAGGAAGAGGGGGAGGCUGUUGCUCCCGAUGGUCACAAGCCUCCUAAUAGACCGGGAACUACACGAAGCGCCCGAAGUACACGAAGCAUUCUUUCAGUUCACAGGCUCAGUUCGGUAGUUAUCCUGGCUUUUGCCGUAUUUGCUGGAGCUACGGAUAGCUCUGCUACUACAACAACACUCGACGCCCCUGGCGAGGACACUCUCGCAGCUUCUUUUGCCUGGAUUUGCACUGUGUUCUAUCUAUCAUCACGUAUUCCUCAGAUCAUUCGCAAUACCGAACGUCGCUCAACAACCGGCCUGAGUCCUUUUCUGUUCUUGAUGGCCCUUUUCGGUAACAUGUUCUACACCUCGUCAAUUCUCGCCAGCCCCUAUGUUGCUGCUGGAGGAGAGGUGAGAAGAGAGUUCCUGAUUGGAGAGUUGCCCUUCCUUAUUGGAAGUGCUGGCUGUGUGGGGUUUGACGCAUGGAUUCUUGGACAGUGGCUUGUGUGGGAUAAACAGUUCAAGGUGGUGCUGGAGAAGAGAGGGACUAGAGUUGAGAGUUCAGAGUACAGGCCUUUGAUGGAGAGUAGAUCGGAGUCGUACGGGUCUGUUUGA